AUGCUUUCGGUGCUUUUUGCUUCAAGUGCACCUCCACGUCCAAUACGACGCAUAGACCACCCCGUCACCCACGCUCUCGAGAUCCUACCACGCACACCUACCUCACGUUCAAUAGACGUCCGUGCGCUCACCGCACCACCACUACCCCGUACUACCCUCCGCCACAGCGACUCUCUCCGCCUCACCCUCUCCGCCUUCGGUCAAACCUACCGUCUCCAUCUCCGCCCGAACGACCACCUCAUCCACCCCUCCGCCCGAAUCGCAUACUACACGAACACCGAGUCCGGCGACUCCGUCAUCUCACAUACCGAACCUCUCCUCCGCGAGAACGUGAAGGCAUACUAUGGAGAUGUCGUGCCCGAACAUGCGUCCUCUGAGCGAAUGAGGGUCGAUGCGGCGAGGGUGAAGAUGGGAAGUCCGGGGCCGCAGGGAGAGGGCUGGGCGAGGAUUAUGGUGCAUCAUCAGGGGAGCGUGGAGGAUGGGAUGGCUCCGGUAUUCGAGGGGGCGUUCUCGGUGGGAGGGGUGAUACAUCAUGUCGUGACGAAGGACAACUACUUGAGGAAUAAGCAUGAGCUGGAUCCGGGUAUUAUGGUGGAUUAUGAGGAUAUGGAGUCGCCGUUAGUUAUUUGGAGGGAGUCGGAUGUGAUGAGUGUGGGGGAGGUGGAGGUCAUGAAGGGAAGGAAGAGCGGGCAUGGGGUGAAGGUGGUUCAGGAGGGUGCGGUGUCGUGUGGGCAUGAUAGUCUUAAGUGGAAUACUGACCCGAGUGUCAAUCCGGCGUUGAGGAUCCCUCCGCCUGUCAGCGUAUGGGAGCCUUUCGGUAUGGAUCUGUUUCAUAAACGGGACGACGUCGCCGGUAACUCCUCUAGCAGCAAUUUUGCGAAUACCAUCGGUUCUACCGCAGGCUGUCCAACGUCGCAGAAGAUCAUUUACAUGGGCGUCGCAGCGGACUGCGAGUACACCGCCACAUAUGGCUCGCAGAGUAACGCCACUCAGCAGAUCUUGACGGAUUGGAACACCGCAAGUGCACUAUACAAGAGCACGUUCAACAUCAGUCUCGGUAUCCUGGAAGUUCAGAUUCAAAACUCAACCUGUCCCACAACCGCCAAUGCUUCCGUCCCCUGGAACGUCGACUGCAACACAGUCGACCUCAACUCGCGCCUCUCCCUCUUCUCGCAAUGGCGCGGCCAAAAGGGUGAAGACGGGACCGGUCUCUGGCACCUCAUGUCCGGCUGUCCGACGGGUACGGAGGUGGGCAUCGCGUGGCUGUCGACGCUGUGCCAGACGAGCUCGAGUGGUAGUGGCGAUUCUAUUGUUAGUGGGACGGCGGUGUCGACGGCGGGGAGGACGGAGUGGCAGGUCGUGUCGCAUGAGAUUGGGCAUAAUUUUGGGGCUAUCCACGAUUGCGUUAGUGGAUGUAACGAGACUAGUGCUUGCUGUCCACUCACGACGAGCACAUGCGACUCGAGCUCGCAAUUCAUCAUGAGUCCUACCGCUUCCACAGGCGAGAUGCAAUUCUCCCAAUGUUCCAUAGGCAACAUCUGUACUAUGAUCCAAGGAACCACUUCCGCCGGCAAACUGAACGACACCUGUCUCGUCUCCCCAAACCCCUCCCUCGUAACUCUCUCCCUCCAAAUGUGCGGCAACGGCAUCGUCGAAGAAGGUGAAGACUGCGACCCAGGAUCAGGCGUGAACUCCACCUGCUGCGACGCGUCAACGUGUAAAUUCACCUCGGGAUCUGUCUGCGAUCCGGGGAGCAGCGCGUGCUGUACUGAUACGUGUGGGUUUGCGCCGCAGGGACAGGUGUGUAGGGCUGCGUUGAAUGCGACGUGCGAUACGGCGGAGGUGUGUACGGGGGCUUCGGCGAGUUGUCCGGCGGAUGUGACGGUCAAGGAUGGGACGAGCUGUGGGAGUGGUUUGGCUUGUGCGAGUGGGCAGUGUACUUCUCUCAGUCAACAAUGCCAGAACCUGGGUUCGUCGAUGAACCUAGUGGAUGCUUGUCCACAGCAAGACGACAAGUCCUGCCAGGUAUCCUGUCAAGACCCCAGCAACUCUGGGAAAUGCGUCGUUCUCGACACCAUGCUCAUCGAUGGCUCGCCCUGUGGCUAUGGAGGCAUGUGUUACAACGGGACGUGUCAGUCCAAAGGAGUCGUUGCUUCUGUCGAGUCGUGGUACGAACAGAAUCUGCAAAUCGCUAUCCCAGUGACCGUCGUAGGCGGCCUCGUCGUCAUCCUCCUCAUCGUCUCCAUCUUCUUCUGCAUCAAACGCCGCGCCAUCACCAAGCGCAUAGCUCGCGCCCCGCUCACGCCCGGCCUCGCAAACCAAUCCGGCCGUCGUCUCCCCUCCGUAGACGGUAUCGUGAACGUCGCAGGCGCAGGCGGCGUCGCAGCCGUAUCUCGCACAGGCUCUGGUUCCUCUAGAUCAAGACCCGGCCAGCAGAUCAAUCGUUCUGAUUCCGGGGCGAGCAGCUAUAGUCAGAACUCGAUGAGGAGUGGGCCGGUGGGUCCGCGUGUUAUUGCGGUGGGAGGACCGGAGAGCGCGUCGUUGUCUGCGUUGCCACAGAUGAGAACGCAGGGUGGAGCGGGACUAGGGCCUCAGGCGCAGGCUGCUCGUGGGCUAGGGGGCGGUCCCGCAAUGCGGUCCAUCACGCCGACACCGUCAGCGACGGUCAACCGAUCUGGCUCAGGGCACUCCAGGUCGUCGGCCGGAUCAGGGGGAUCUGGCGGGAGUGGGACGAGUGGGAGGGCGGUGUUGCAAAGGAAUCGGUCGCAUUGGGUGGAUGAGGCGUUGUGGAAUGGGAGGUAA